AAUGUCAUACAAUAAAAUCUGGUAAUUGUUUGUCAGGCAUUUGGUAUCACAGUUUGCUCUGCUGACUAACUUCAGUCACUUUCUCCCCCUUUCUGAAGAUCUCUUCCAACUUUGGCUUGUUGUAGUUGUGUAGCCUUGUAUCCCUAGAACAGAAGCGGACGUUGACUUGGUAGUGAACAGUUUUUCAAACAAUAGAAUGGAAAUCCCACAGGGCGAGAAAGUAUUGCUAGUAUGGGCUGGCUGUCCCGAGCAGUCUCUGCUGGCUGCCGUGGAGGAGCUGAAGCAGAAAGUAGGCGCGGGCGGAGAUGUGUCUCUGGAGAAUGCUGAGCGCUUGGAGUUCGGUGCUCAGCGUGCAUCGAGUUAUGGUGUAGUGUUGGCGGGUGUAGUACCACCAUGCGCUGUGAUACACAGCGAUGCCAUGCUAGAAGAGCUAUCACGGGUAGUGAGUACUGGUGGUCAGUUAGUGCUGCGUGAGCCCACUUGUCCCGUAGGUCAUGUGACGAACAUGCGGUCUCCGGAAAAGCUACAUUCUGCUCUGGUCCUGUCUGGCUUUACCAAUGUCUCACAACCUGCAGCUGUUCAACAAUCUGCUGAGGAUCGUGCACAACUAUGUGCGGCGUUAGCAGAGCAGCGUGGUGUGUCGGCUGAACUGGCACAGACAGUUACUUUGACAGAGGUUCGUGCCCAACGUCCAGCCUAUGAAGUUGGUGCUAGCUCUGCCCUGCCAUUGUCUUUCGCUAAGAAAGCUACGAACGGAACAAGCACUGAACCUCAAGGCAACGUAGCAUCAGUAUGGAAGCUGUCAGCUAACGAUCUCGGAGACGAUGACAUCGAACUCAUGGACGAGGACGAUUUACUUGACGAAAGUGAUAAGGCCAAACCUGAUCCAUCAACCCUAAGAGUCUGCGGUACAACUGGAAAGCGGAAAGCAUGCAAGGAUUGUUCAUGUGGACUGGCGGAAGAACUAGCGGGAGAGAAGCAGAGCGCCUCAAAGCCAACGUCUGCCUGCGGAAGUUGUUAUCUAGGUGAUGCAUUCCGCUGCGCUAGCUGUCCGUACUUGGGCAUGCCUGCGUUCAAACCGGGGGAUCAAGUGCGUCUAUCUGAUCGCCAGCUGAAGGCCGACGCAUAGUUUCACAACCGAAAAGACGAUAAUUAUCUCCAACUUCUUGUCAACUGCUACCGACGUGUACCUGCAGUACAUAUGCCUUUGUGUUGUCUCAGCUCUUUGGGCAUGUUUUCCUUAGUACUUUUUAUCAUCUCAUAACUCCUAUUUCUGAAACUAAAUUACUUCCUCUUGGACAGCGCAUGAUCGUUGUUUUUCUCCACUAGAUAAAGCUGUGAGAUAAGCUGUGCGAUAAAAGAUAA